AUGCGUCUCUUGCUGUUGACGACGCUGCUGGCGUUGCUUGAAUGGGGACAGGUGCGUAGCGAGGACGAUUACCAUUCUGAACUUCCGCAGACGCUGUACGCAGAACCCGGCUGUAACGCCACAAAGGUGUGGAUAUUUCAAACCGCACCCAUGAUCAGCAAAGAUUAUAUCAAUAAGUCCAAACACUUCGACGAGCUACGCGAUUUGUUUACGAGAUACAACCGUGAGAUGUCUACAAACUCCUCUACGAAUACCUCGUGUGAGGAGGAUCUGAGAUGGAACUCCGGCAAUAUCGAUAAGUAUGCGGCCAACCAGACUUACGAAGAAAAUCAAAAUUUUGCUAAGCUCUAUCAGAUCAAUUUUCCCCAGUUGUUGCCCAAAAACUACAACAAUACUUACUACAAGUUCGCUCACAUUAACUACGAGCACACUGAAGCGAGCUUAAGAGCUUUUACUGAGGGAUUAUUUGAUAAAAGCACAGUGCCUGCGACUGAAGAUAUGGAAUAUUUGACUGAAUUGCUGCAUCCGUGUGAGCAAUUCAAGAAAAACUACAUACAGGAAGAAAAGGAUUUUGUCAGAUACUAUGAUCGGACUUCGAAAGAUAUUGCGGAACGCUUGGAGUAA